GACUCGUAUAUCAUCUUUAAGAUUCAACCAAGUGGUCUUGCUUGUUUUCUCGGUUGUGGCUUUGGUAGGCAGUAUCGGGAUAGUGUGGCAGCAAUUCUUUAAAUCGUUAAUUCAGCUCUUGAUGGUAGUGGAAGUCCUUGUAAAUUGAUUAUUUCUUUGUCACGAGAUAAGCCGCGUAAAUUGGCGCGUGGAUUUUUCCUCAAUUCAUUCUCUUUUUGUUACUCGCCUUGAGCCGAUGGUACGAGCUCUACAUAUAGGAAAUUUCGCUGUUGGGUAUUUAUAAUUACUCAAUUACAUUUAUUAUUUGUUCCAAGCAUGAUCGCCUUUUUCACAAUGUGUUUGGCUAUUGCCUUUCUCACUACUGUCACUGGAGCAAAUGACUGCGAGCCCCACGCCAAAUUAGAGCCGUGUGGAAGUCUCUGUGAAGCUAAAUGCGGUAAUCCCGAUAUCCGUUUGUGCAAAAUAAAUCCAGAGGGAUGUAAACUGGAAUGUCGAUGCCAGAGACCGUUUUUGAGAAAUGAAAAGACAGGCACUUGCGUAGAAUCUCAACAUUGUCCCAAAUAAUGAGCAAUCUAAAUAAAUCGGUCAAUUAUGUUUGUAGAUAACGCCACGUCACUGUGACAUACAGGAAAAAUAAAAAUCGCUGUACCUUGUAGCGGAAAUCAUGCCAGCAAUUAUGAAUAAUUGAGAGAAUUCAUUGGAUUUCCAACUCACCAAUUAUCGCUUGUGAACCAAUUGAUUUUUUUUUCUAAGUUGAUUAAAGCAAACAAUGGAUUUCAAUGA